AUGCAGCAGCCUACAAAGCAGGGCCGGGACUCCCUGAGCUUAAGUGGACAGCGACCAUCAUACGCGAUGGUUGCGCAGGGAAGGAUGGUGCAACGACCAAGGCCACUCCCACGACCCAUCACAACUGAAGCACCUGGCUCUGCGAUCGUACCCAAACCGGACCCCGUAUUCGAUGCCAUCACCGAGCUUCUCGGCCUGACCUCGCAGUUCCCACGGAGGUACAGCUCUUCAACCGAAUACACUGUCGCUGCCGCCGCUCCAACCCCAUGGGGAGCUGCGGCAGAGUUCGGGCGUUUCUACGAGAUAACACGCUGGACUUCGCGCAGGGGAGAGGAAAGUCAAACGGUAACUGGACGCAUGAGGUUCAAUGAUGAAGGACAUGUUGUCGCGUGGAAGGGUCGGAAAUGGGUCGAAUUCGGAGAUUGGAUGAUCUCCGUCUUCCCGCGUCUUCAACAGGAUCCCAUCGGUCUGGGCUCCCCUCUCUGGACGCACCAAUACCUAUGGGGAGGGUGGGGCCUGGGAUGGAAUAACUUCCCUUACCUUGAUUCCUCUGGACCAAGUCCCAUGGAUGAGCUUCUCAAGAGCGAGUUUGGGCCACGCGGUACCCUGGUGCGGACGGAAGGUCAAGAUGGAGGCCGCAUUCUCAACGGCGCGGUUUCUCCCCUCAGCCUGCUCCUUGUGAAUAGACAGGUAUACGACGAGUUCAAGGACGUCAUGUGGGCGAAGUUGGAUUUCCGCUUCUCAGCCACCCAAGCCUCUUCUAACGUCAUAUGGGGUGGCCAACGCCUGGUACGGGCUGUUUCCGAGUACACCGAACUGUCGCGCAUCACUCUAGAGCUUCCUAUUCUGGACUGGAUCAAGUUGCUGGGCAUCCCUCUUCGAUGGCAACCUACUGACCACUGGCGCCAAUUCGGACAGCUUAGUCCGAUCGCUCAGUUGCUACAGACAAUGAACCUAUCGCACCUGACGAUCUACAUCCGUCAUCAGGUCGGAAACGUGGCAGAGUGGAGGUAUACGAGCGAGGACAGCCCUCUCCACAACUCGUGCCCACAUGUCCUUGUCGGAUACAUUGUUCUUCACGCAAGUACUGUUUUUUCAAUGAUCCCACAUGUCCAAGUCAUGGGCUGCAUCAGCUCAAAAAUGGCCGCACAGUUCCAGCAGCUACACCGAGAAAACCAUACUGGGGCAACACCGACGCUGACAGAAUGGGAUGUCAUUGGCCCUUCUUCGUACUUGUCUAGCAUUGGAAGGUCAUGGAUGCAACAUGGCCUGUACACUCUGGAUCCCAUGGAAAUGUAA